UACCAGAUUUCGUCAUCGAUGGGAAGAAACAUGGUAAACCAAUGUCGUACAGAACACAACAGAAAUGCUACACCGAUUGUCACUGAAUGGUAAAAUCUAGAUAAUGCGCCGAGCUGAAGCAGAAAUUCUACAGUUAUAAGUAGAGAUAUCAUCGCAAUACUUGAUUCAGAUGUUUAAUACUGGAUUCUACACUGUGAGUUGAAGUGCCAAGAUGUUUUCCUUCCGACAUUUAUUCACACUUCGUCAGAUGGCAAUGCAAAUGGGCCUGAGAAGAUCAGUCCAAAGGCUUUCUAGCCACACAAAAUGGGAACAGCAUUCUAUUCAUGAAUGUUCAAAUGUUAGACUUCUAUCCACAAGUGAAUAUGAGAAGCUUAAUGAAUUUGCAAACCCAGAAAUGAAAAACGCACCUGAAAAACCUGUCUCAAAUACAUUUCUUUGCAUUACGCACAUCUUAGAAAGUACUAAUAAGGGAGGGAAAGAAGAGGCUGAAAAAGUCUUCAAUGAUCUGGUCGAAGGAUAUCAGGCCAAUGAUGAGAAAAGGAAUCUUAAGGCUGUGUUUGACACGCUGGAGUCAGUCAUUGUAAAGGGAGAUGUUCAUUGGUUCAAACAUUUACAGAUUCUUCAGACAUGUAAAGAAUUUAGAGGACUAUUGGAGAAAGUAUUUUUCUCUUUAUCUAAUUAUAAUGAACACGAUUUGUUGAACCUAUUAACUUGUCAGCUGACUUUCCGGAUUUAUGAUAAAACACGUGAAGCAAAACUUUGGGAAAAUGUCCUUCCUAAAUCAAAUAAACUGAAUAUUUCUGGUUUAAUUCGGCUUCACCAUAUGUCUAAAAACAGCAAAGACAAUAGUCUCCAAAACCAAAUAUCAAAACAAAUUGCAAGGCGUUGGAUGGAAAUAGAAAAGGUCAAUGAACUUAUUUCUGUCAUGAAAAUAAUGAUCCUAGAAAGCAAAAAAUCUUCUGAAGCUUCUGUAUUUGAUCAUUUGGAAGAGAAAGCUUUGCAGAAAGCGGAAACAUUGAAUCUAGAGGAAAUAACUCAACUUUUUUUUGCAUUGCGCGCCUCAGGAAGAAGAAAUUUACCUUUGAUCAAAUCCCUGGCAUACUGUAUGAAGAAGAAAAUGUCAGAUGACUUCCCACUCAAAUCCACUGCUUCAGUUUUUACAAGCAUUAGUAAACUUAACUUCCAUGAUGCUGCCUUGCUAGGACUUCUGAGUGACCAUGCUGUCAUGAAGGUUAAUGGUGUUCAAGAAAAGAAAGAAGCUGUGAAUUUCCUGUCAAUCAUUUUAAUGUCUUGCGCCCAUUUGAGAUGGUUCCCACCCAACCUUGAGAAAACAAUUCAGUCUCACUUUGAGGAGUUUCCAAACCAUCUUAAUCCUGUCCACCUAUGUUUUGCAAUCUGCAAUAUGAGUAAGUUGCACAGCUUCAGUGAGAGUGAGAAGGAGAUGGUACGGAACAUGGUGGCCAAGUUGGAGGAAAAGGAAAUUGAAAAGAGCCACCCGGUUGUGUGGUUGAACUUGGCAUUGGCGUUGGGAUGGAACGACUGCUCUGUAGACUGGGUCUUAUCUUCAGUGCUAAAGCAAGAUUUUGUAGAUAACAUUCAAAAAAAUUUCCCCACCAUGGUAUCAGUUUUGCGACAGUUGGAUUACGAGGCCAGUUUUGCCUUUCCUAAUUUCCAGGGGCCAAGACUAGAUCUUGGAGGUCAAAAGCCAGAGAGGACUAAUACCAAGCAAGAUUCCCUGGUUACAGAUGUUAUAGACAUAACACAUGUGCUGGAUAAACAAAUGGAUGAAAGUGUACAAACUAGGAUCAUGACUUCACAGGGGCAUGAGAUAGAUGCCCUGGUGUUGGUUGGUAAUGAUAAAAGAGUGGUUCCAUUCUCUAGCAGUGGAUCCAAUUUCCACAAGGUAGCCAUAAAGGUGUUGAAGUUCCAGGACAUGAUUCAGCCUGGCGUGGUCCCUACCUCUGAGAGCAGAAUGUGGGUGAGGCACAUGCAGUCACUGGGCUACAAACUUGUAGUGAUUUCUUACAAUGAAUGGAAGUCUUUGCCUGGAAACAACUCCAAAAUGAUGUAUCUUGAGAAAAAGAUUACAGAAUCAAUAUCAUAGGGAAAUCUAAAUUAUCUUAAAUUUUAUGAAUUAUAAAACUGUUUUAAUGUCUUAAUUGUCAGAUAUAAAUGAAAAUAAAAUUAUCUUGCAUAA